CUGGAUCGCUUUAUUUUUGGGCUGUUUUACAUGGGGCAGGACAAAGACACGUUACCACUCUGAGCGAAUGCUUCGGCUCUGGGAGGAAAAGACGAAGGAGGAGGAGAAGCGACAUUAUUUCUGCAGAAGAAGAAGACUCAAAGACGGUAAAGUUGACUUGAGUGAGAGCAGCUUCGCUUGUGCUUUGUGUGUUGUAAGUCUCUAGACGAGUCCGACACGCACAUUACUGGUGUGUUGUGGAAGUGAAGGACAGCUGACCGGAUGGGCCCCGACUGAACACCGAAGCCGACGUCCCAGGGACAAAGAGGGAGUCCGGGGGCUCCCGGGACGUUUGCUGACAGGCGGUGUAACCUGGAGCUACGUUGUUACUGCCGCGUCGCUUCUGCUAACGAACUGGCCGUAACAGUAGCCACGUGUGGGCUCUCCUCUGUCUCCUGCCCUGAAACACUCAGGCUUAAUAUCUGGACAGAUCGUCCCAGAUAGUUUUCAAAUUACUACGAUCCCUUAACCUCACGCGUGUUGUGGCAGUAUUUCUACCCAGUUAGCAGCUGCAAACUAACCAGCUCGUGACACUGUUUAAAGUAACCUGGCAGUCAGUUAACAAGCCGGUAGGCCGUGCCAACUGGUUAACCAGUCCCUGCCAGCUGGUUAACCAGUCCCUGCUAACGGUACCAGUACCAGCCAGCUGCUGGUCCAACCAACCACCGGGCAUGUCAGCCAGUCACUAAUGUGACCAACAUAAAACUGGAAACUGAAGCGAAUCUACAUGUCUUCACUGGCAUUUCUUGUUUAGUUUCGAUUCUCUGUAGCACAUCUGAAAGCCGCCGGUGUUAGAAAGGUGUCCUGAAAAUCAAGUUUGCUCAGAUGUCAACCAGCUACAGCCGAGUGACGUCACGGAGCGCAUCAUCACCCUGUUGAAGAAGACUCCAAACGUCGGCUUGAGACCUUGUGAAAACGUCAUAGAUUAGAUAUGGCAGAACAUGUCUGUGGAUUCUGGUAACACCGGUGUUUUGCUGUCAUCACGAGACUCUAGGACUUCCUGUGUAUUCCAAACCGCAGAUGAGAAAGAUGACAGCCCAGGAGGGGGAGAGGAGAGCGUUCUGGAGAUGCUGAGCUACUCCAAGUUCUCGGACCUGGAGGCAUGGCUGUGUAUGCCAUCCUCAUUGCUCCCACCCAGAGCUCAGGACUCCAUCUGCAUCAGCACCACCUCCUCCUCCUCCUCUUCUUCCUCCACCUCCUCACACACGUCCAGCCACUACUCCAACUCACCUCCGGUCUCCUCCUCCUCCUCCUCCUCCCCGGCCUCCAAUUCCCGUUGCUCUACCUGCAGUGAGCCAGGAGAGACAGACACGCCGCUCAGCUUGUUGGAGAGGGGACCCACCUUCCUCCCCUUCACACUGAGGAAGGAGAUGCCAUUUCUCCCUGCCCUCUCCUCCACCCCUGCUGCAGUGCUGAGCUCGGGGAGGUCAGCAGGAGACCCAGCCUCCCAGAGCGGGGUCAGCAUCAGGAAACGUCGGAGGCUGGCUGCCAGUCCUGGAGGACUCCACUGGACCUCUGCAGGUUCUGUGCAGCAGGAGCUGUGGUCACCCAAUCUGUCUCCUGGGUCGGGGAGGAGUAUAGCAGCAGCGGGUGGAGGUGCAAGGAGCCUCCCCCUGGCUGAGGGAGGCGGUGCUCCACCGGCGUGGCCCAGUGACCGUGCGGCCUUGAGGAAGACGGUUGACGGCCGAAGUCUGCAGCCGACGGACGGAGCGCAGCGGCACCUGAGACUGCUGAGCCGACUGGAGAGAGGCAGGAAGAAGCUCCGGAGCAUCCAUAGCCUGGGAACUGCAGGAAGAUACGACACCAGGAAAAAGUCGGACAGUAAAAUCUCACGGUUGGCACAGAGGUGGAACCAGAGGCCAACAGGAGAUGCUCUGAUCAAAGACCUGAAGCCCCUGUUUUACACGGGAGUCCCUCCAUCCUCACUCAGCCUGGACAGCAGACGCCUCCCAGGGGUUAUGACCCAGCAGAUGCAGAACCUGCAGUUGUCCCAGACCAGGAAGUGCCCCGGUGGGCCGGCCUCCCCUAACGCCGCCAAGCGCCUUUAUCGAAACCUGUCAGAGAAGCUGAGAGGAAGCACCUCCUCCUUCGAAGAUGCCUAUUUCUUCGGCAAGACGGACCGACUCCGCAAAGCCUCGACGAUGCAGGGCGGUGACUGUAUCUUCGAGGCGGUGGAGCAGCAGGACCUGGAUGCGGUGCAGAUUCUGCUCUACCAGUUCUCAGCUGAGGAGCUAGACCUGAACACCCCCAACAGCCAGGGCCUGACACCACUCGACAUCGCCAUCAUGACCAACAACACGCCCAUUGCCAAACUGCUGCUGAAGGCCGGCGCCAAGGAGAGUCCACACUUUGUGAGUGUGGAGAGUCGGGAGGCCCACCUGAGCUCCCUGGUGGUGGAGGCGGAGCAGCGGGCGGCAGACCUGACGGCUCAGGCUCAGAGGGACGGCCUCUCUCUGGAGGCCUGCCACAAGGACAAGCAGCUGAGGGCCUGGGAGUGGAGGUGCAAGCUGUACAAGCGCAUGAGGACGGGCUUCCAGAACGCACGUGCCCCGGAGGCCCCGUCUGUGGUUCGUCUGAGCGUGAGCAGUAGCACCACACUGACUGUCACCUUCCAGGAGCCGCAGUGUCUCAACAACACAGUAGUGACCAAAUACAGAGUGGAGUGGAGCUGCCUGAAGGAUUUCUCGCUGCUUGCCGGAGAGACAGUGUUGGAUGAUCUGCAGACCCUCAAGUGCACCAUCAGCGGCCUCACCACGGGUCGGCUCUACUACGUCAGAGUGUUGGCCUACAACAUGAAGGGCUGGGGUCCGCCCGCCUCCUCCCUCCCCCCGUCUGCAGCUCCUUCUAACUGGAGGGAGAGCGAUGGCCGGGAGCCCAGGAGGCGGGGCCACAUCGAGGCCAUGGAGCGUCUGCUACAGCAGGUUCGAGCGACUCACACUCACUACUGCUGUGGAGAUGCAUCUAAGCUGCAGAACCCCGGCAGGAAGCCGUCGGUCUCCAGAAGUCUCAAACACCUGUUCAACUCCUCCAGCAAAUUUGUGAAAACGCUGAAGAGGGGCAUCUACCUGGCAGCAGUGUUUUACCAUAAGGACAGUUUACUGGUGACAGCGGAGGACCAGAUCCCCAUCGUGGAGGUGGACGACUCCUACAGCAGCUCCCUCACGCAGGACUUCCUCUGGUUCACCAAGCUGUCCUGUAUGUGGGAGGACGUCCGGUGGCUCCGACAGAGUAUGUCCGUGUCGAUGUCGUCGUCCUCCACCCUUCUGGCCAGGCACAAAAUGCUCACUGCUGCUGGCCAGCUGCAGAACCUCCUGGGAACUCACAACCUGGGUCGGGUCCACUACGAGCCCAUCAAGGACCGCCAUGGUAACGUGCUACUGGUGACCAUCCGCGACACCGAGAGCCAGCACUCGCUGUUCAGUGGCAAGUGGAUGCAGGUGACCAAACUGCAGAGCCAGAGGAAGUCUCUGUCCACACCCGAGGAGCCUUACGCUCUUGACGUCCUCAUCAUCACCAUGCAGGACAUUUUGGCGUACCAGCGGCGCGGCACUCACCGGCUGGCCCCUGGCCUCUACCUGGGCUACCUGAAGCUCAGCUGCUCCGUAGACCAGAUCAAAGUGCUGGUGUCCCAGCGGACUCCCAACAUGCUCUGUCACACCCGCAUACGAGACAACGCCAACGUGUCCAGGGAGGAGUGGGACUGGAUCCGGAAACUGUCAGCUGUGGGAGAGAAGGAGAGCGAGGAGGCAGAGCCCAGGGCUGAAAGCCACACCCCCUUACUGUACUACGAGCUGCAGACGGCGAUCAUGUCCCUGCUGAAGCACAUCAACCUACCUCUGCCCCAGUGCUCCGCCCCCGGUCAGUCUAACCCCUACACUUCCAUGUCAGGAUUCCUCCACCUCCCCCUGCAGAUGUUCGAACUCGUGCACUUCUGCACCUAUAAAGAAAAAUUCAUCAGUUUGUACAGCCGCCUGUCCUCGGUGCUGGACGUGGACGCCCUCAUUACCCAGCAGGCACUGCGGGAGGCCAUCACUGACAGUGAGGUGGCCACAGCCAAGCAGAGACAUCAGCUCAUACUGGACUACAUCCAGCAGCUGGAUGACAUGCGGCGUGAUAUGCGCUGGAUUACAGACGCCCUGCAGUACGCUCGCUACAAGCAGCCUCGGGGCGGCGUGCCCAUCACCUGCUUGGUGGACGCCAGUGCUCCAGAGGAAGACCCCAGCCAGCAAAAGACUGACUCCACCUCCUCGACCAUGGACUACCUGCCCACGCCUUCGCCAUCACCUGAGCUUCAUAGGAGAAAGGCCAUCAGCGACUCUCUGCUCGGCUCUGAUGAAGAUGGGUCCUCUGAGGUUUUUCUGCCUACAGACAGCGACUACGACUCCAGCGACGCCCUGAGCCCCCACGAGAUGGACCUGCUCUACUCGCCAGCCCAGGAUCUCUCCCAGCAGGCCGCGCACUCGCUGGGCAGCAACGCCCCAGACGUGCUGCAGGUCCACGAGCUCAGGUACAGCAUCUGCCCACCCAGAGACCUGCCCCUUUCCCCAGUGGUGAAGGAUCCCAAGUCUAAAGAUGCUCCUCUCUCCUCACCCCUCCUCCCCCACUCCCCCUCUCUAUCCAAAGAUGCCCCUCGCUCUCCCUCCCUCUCCAGGACCCUGUCCACCUCUCCAUCCCUUCCCCUGUCUCCCAGAUACUCCAGAGACCUGCUGCUGUCCCUCCCCCUCUCCCCGGUUCUGUCUGACACCACCAAGACACUAGAGGGCCUGUCUGUCUCCAACAGCCAGCAGGAGGCUGUUCCUCCUCUGAAGGGCCUCGCCAACCCCCCCGCCAAACGCAAACUGCUCUCCAAGAGCCACAGAGGCCAGUAUUUCAGCGGGCCCCAGUGCUGGCUCAGAGGCCACAGCAGUGAGAGUCACACCGGCUCUUUAUCUGAGGGCAUCUACACCAAGCAGCUCGACCUGGACCUGCCUCUGGCCAGGGACCUACCCUCCCCGCAGGGCACCACCUUUGUGAGCCCUGCUUCCUCCAGCCUGGAGAGCCGGAAGGGCCGACACCGGGAGCCCCGGCCCCAUGUCCGCAGGAUCUUUGUGGAGCCCUGUAAGGAGCUUUCGCCAGGUCACGAGAGGAAUAGUUGGGAGGAGGAGCAGGGGGAGGAGGUGAUGCAGAAGGUGAAGGCUGCAGGUGUGUCAGUGGUGGUGGCACAGGUGGAGUCUGGCGGGGAGGAGGAGGAGCCAGAAGGAGCCACCGCCCCGGACGUAGACUCUGACGACCAAACCAACGCCCAGGUGUCAGAGAUACUCAGCAGCACACUGUAGAGUCGCACAACAGCAGGUCAUGCAGAGUGUUUAAGGCUGCCCUGGGCAGACAGUACAAUUUCGGUCCCAUCUCAUCCUCUGCAGUCCAGGAUGCUCCCCAUGGAAUCGCUCUGUUGACGAGUUAGCCAGACGUAAAUCUGUCAACCAUCCAGUUAGUCUGUUGUCAAAACAUGCUCUUCAAAAUGUUUCUGGGGUAGUGUUCAAAUGUGUGCAAUCCUUUACGGCCUGUUUCCAAGUGCAGUGUGAGUGGGCCCGUUGCUGCCCCUUAGGGCCAAUCAAGGACAAGCACCCACUAGAACUCUGUCCAACCACACCAGUGUGUGUGUGUUUGUUCAGCUGGUUUUUACCCUUUUAGAGCAGCUCAGACAGUUUCACACAAGUUAGCUGUGAUAACCAGGUGGUGUGUAACCUGUUCCACAUCCAAUGGCCAGAAACGUUCUGACUGACAAGUCCUGCUAUGUUAAGGAACCACAGCAGCGCCACUCUGUUGCACUGCACUGAGACGUUAUCUUUUAUAACGGUGAGGUUUUGUACUGUUACUGUUUCACAGUAAGAUAUCCUGUUUAGCUGGAGUGAACAGAGCUGAGUGGUUUGACGUAGUUGCUCAGUCAGCCGUGAUCUUUAGUUGGAGAAAAGUCUAUUAUCCCUGAGUUCAUGGCAAAUUAUUGCUGCCUAAGACAGUCAAGCACUUGACGGCGCUGUGCUACAGAUGGCGACCGUCUGAAGCCAGAGUCAGUCUCUGUGUGAAACUGGCCCUACAAUUAGAGGAAGUAGUUUUAGUUUUACAGGUUGGUUUGGUUAACUUCAGUUCAAGUGGCCACUGUUGUCGAAACCUUUCCAUGGGAGGCACCCAGGCUGUUUACCAUGCAGGGGGUGGGACUGUCCCACACGGGGCCAGUAAGUGACUCCGUAAACUUAAAGAGCAACUCCACACUGCAACACUAGAUCUCAGCAAGUUUAGAACUUUGACUUAGUGUGGUACUACAUCACUGCUGCACAGGCCGUUGUCACUACGGGUUAACAGGGCACGCAGGGGCAUUUAGAUCAACUCACUCCUCACAGCUGCGUUUAGGUGCAACCAUAUGUUUACCGCUGAAACAUUGAGACCUGAACAGGUACAACACACAAAAAUUGGAGAUGGUCUAAAAUAUAAAUGUGUCUAAUAGACAUUUUCUCUGCAUCACUGCUUUGUUUCUUAUCUUCACACACCCUCAAAGAGGAUGAACUCUCCAGGUUGUGCAGGUACAUAACAAUACACAUUUAACUGUUACUGCCGCUUGAGGAUGCCAAGUUAAAAACUGCUCAGUGUGGCUUUCACAUCACCUCAAACCUGGACAUCAGCUUCUGGCUCUCGCUUCAUAUCACCAGUGCACCCCCUGCCCCCACCACGGUGACGGUUGGCAUCCAGGCCAAUAAUGUCAGACCUCUCCAUAGACUGUAAACUGAACUAAAGUUGCCGGUUCAACUCCGCCACUCUUCAGAAACCAUGGCAUCGACUGUUACAAAGGAAACAAUCAAUGCAACCGUAAACCAAGCACUGCUUGUGCAACCAGGAACUUUGCACAUGACCAAAAAACACUGGGUUGAUAAUGGCUCAUUUAAAACUCUCAAACCUUUUUCCCAUUUUAAUUUUGUCAAAUGCCUGAACUGAACAGUUGGAAGGUCAUUAUUUUUGUGGCCCAUCUCCAGACCAUGGAUUCUCCUCUACGUGAAGUGAAUGUACAGUUUAGUCUGCUGGUCUGUGAUCUGCUGUGACGACUGUAUCUCCCACCGGGUCUGACAGUGGUUGAAUUAACCUGUGGUCUCAAACACAUGAGCUGCCUCAGUCACAGACCACUCGAAAGCUUACAAGUAUUUUUGUAUUCUCGGAUUUGAAGGCAUUUUACCUGUAAUGUUGGUGAAUACACUGAUGAGCCAAAACACUAUGAGCACCUACCCAGUGUUCGCCAGAUCUGCUCCAGCCUGCUGAGGCCGGGACUCUGCUUGACAUCUGAGAGUCACAGUGGUGUCUGGUACUGUCAGCUGUGGGCUGGGGCUGCAGUGGAUCUAUGGACUUAUUCAUGCCUUCUCGGGCUCAUAGGGUGUCCCUCCAUGGGCCACCGCUGGUACUGUUGGUCCUCACGACAUUUGAGCGGGAGCCCCCUGAGCCUUGGUGUGUCAGUUGUUUGGCCAUGAUGAUCUGGUCCUUGUUAAAGUUGCUCAGGUCUUUACACCUGCACAUUGUCCCACAUCCAACACUCUGGCUACACCCUAAUUCCCUUUGAUCGCUCCUCGCUUGGCCCAGAAGGACGUCAUUCCAUUCCGCCUCUUGAAGGAUGUUCCGGUUCCCUCGAGGAGCAAGGAGGUUGCUAGAGGCGAUGGGAGCCAGGAUAUACGAGUGCAUCCUGUGUGGAAGUCGUGAUGGACUGAUACACCCCUUUACUGGUUAGUGUUUGGACACUUCACAUGAAGAAACAGAGGAAAGGACAUCUCAUGUCUCUAAAACUGUUUCCUUGAUUCCUCUCUCCUCACAUUUUUUUCCUUGUGUCCUAUGUGGGUGGGACUAAGGCACAAGUGAGGGAACUGUGGAUGCAGAAUUGGGAUGUGCUCACUGACUGCAAGAACCAAGUGUUCAUUUCCCACCUAACAUCAUCCAGACCUUGCUACGAGACGGUCGUAAUGUUUUGGCUCAUCUGUGUAGUCACUGCUGUAUUUUGUCGGCAUGAACAGUUUGUAGCUGUUGGUUUUCUGAGCUAAAGCUUUUGUGUCUAUUUUGUGCCUCCUGCUGCAUUCAGCAUGAAGAUGUCCCGAGGGGGUGGCUCUCAUUUGACUGAGAACAGCCUGCACUUUGCCCCGGGACUGGCCGUGCAGUUGGAGCUGACGGUGUUUGUGCUCUGCUGUUGUGUUGACUUUCUGUUGUAACCUCCCCUGUUACUGUAGUGCUCCCUCGGAGGCUGCUGCCGUGUCCUCCCUUUUUUUUUGGAUUGUUUCUUCUUUUUUUUUUUAACAUGCACCAAAAACGGCAGCAGUUUUAUUUGUAGUAUCGAGGAGUUAGAAGAGACUCGUGUCAGUGCAUUUGAGAGCUGUUUGAACAUGCACGGGUUCUUAAACUGUAUGCACAGUAUUUCAAAAGUGCUUUUUAAUGUUUGCACAUAGCAAUUAUGGAAUAAAAGCUAAUGGAAUAUUCGAUGCUCUCAGGCAUUAACUGUGGCAGCUUUUAUCAUUAAUGACUGUAUAUGGGUCGGUUUAUUGUUGAUGGAAUUUCCAAGUUUUGUUCUUGUUUGAAUGUGUGAACAACUUCACUUCACAGCCAGUUGUGACUCAGUAAAGUAAGACACUUACACUGCAGCUGUUGCGAGUUGGACAGAUGUUUGGCAGAUGUGUUCGAUUUCUUUCUGAGAAUUAGAAGAUCAGUAGUAGAAUCAGUAGUAGAGAGCAGAGUGGUUCAGUCUGUUUGUGUUGUGAAAUGUGUCCAGUUGGUUGGAAUGUUCUAGCAUCAGGCAGGUGACUGAGACUGUUAAACAGUCCGUUAUGUGCACAUCACAUGUUGGAACGGCUCUUCACAUGUUGUUCUGUUGAUGUCACAUGUUUCCAAGCUGUCAGCCUCCUGACGAUCACAUCCACCUCCAGUAUUUUGUUACCGUGUGUAAAUACAACCAAGCUGAGACGACCUUCUGUCUGUAUAUUUUUGCAUCACUAUCAUUUAUCCUGAUCAGUCCACUCUGAUGCCACUUCUCACUUUAUUUAUUGGGACGAUAGUUUUUUUUAUGGACUGUAAAAUGAAGCUUCCAGUGUUUUCAUGCAUUUUGCAACCUCUGAACUCACAUGAAUGGAUGUAUUUUAACAGCUGAAA